UGCGUGCCUGACUCGUUCGUCGCUUGCUCGUCCGAGAAGAUAAAUACAUACGCACAUCAUCUUCGCCGCACAAGCGACAUAUACACUCGUCAGUCAUGAAGUCCUUUGCCUUUGUUGCCAUAAUCGCGUUCGCGGUUGCAGCGUCUGCUCAGACCAUCGAUGAGUGCUUCCGUCAGGACAGCAUAUCAUGUGUUCAAAAAAGCCUGUUCAGAAAAGCCAAGGAAUUUUUCGAAAGGGACAGCUUCGAUCUUGUCACCGGCAUCAGCCUGAUAAAAGCCAAGUCCGACAGAAGCUCAAGGAGCGGUAAGGAUUUGAUGUACGAGCAGGAGAUUGAUCAGGCCAGCAGUAUUACAGAGAGGCAAAGUGCAUUGGAGAACUUCGUUGGCGAGGAGGUCACCGACUUUUUCAAUGGACGUAGUUUGAGGAUAAACUUCACACCAGCUUUUGAGAAAAUUGGUGAAUCCGCACGUGCUAUUAGUGAAUCAAUUCCCACGGAACUUAGACAGGCUGCCGAUGAAAUGGUUGAAGGACGUGGAAAGAAGAAGAUGCUAAAGAAAAUCCUUCCUUUAUUGCUCCUUGCCAAAGUGAAGCUCGGCGCACUCGCAACCCUCGCCUAUUUCGCUCUUGCUCUUAUUGCUAAGAAGGCCAUUCUCGCUUCCUUAGUCUCCAUUGCCAUUUCUGCCUUUAUUGGCCUUAGAGGACUGUGGGCUUCCAAGGGUGGAGCUCACGACAGCACUGGUUAUAACAGUAACUGGGCUGCUGCAAGCAGUGCAUCCAGUGGUUGGGCAGCUCCUAGUCUUUCUAGUGGAUGGUCAUCGGGUGGUGUUCCCAGCUGGGAUGACUCUCACUCGGCUCACGCGGCUCAAAACCAAGCUUUUUCCGGAUAUCAUCGCUAGAGAACAAUCUUAAGCAUGAGAAAAUUAUUACGAAAUUGUUUAGCUUGUCUUCUUUCGCGAAUUCAUUAAAAAAACAAAAACAAAAACAAAAACAAAA